GUCUAGUCGUUCAAAAUGGCGGCGGCGGGAAAAGAUUUUCAGUCCGGUCGGAAACCUCCCGGAGAUCGUCUGUCUGCGUCCUUCUCGGACGCCGCAGACUCCACCAUCGGGGUCAUUUGGCAAAUGUCUCAGGAGGGAGCAGAGUUCAACCCAAGCGCCAUGAACGAGGCUUUGGACCAGAGACGGCAGCUCCGUAAGAACUUGAGACCGUCCUUCCCUACCGCUGCCCUCGCGGCGUCACCCGCAGUUCGCCAGGAGGCGGCCAGCAGGACGCUACGCAGGAGAAGCACCAAUGUCGAGAAAUCCCUGCAGCUGCUUGACCAGGCGGUCGGCGGAACGCCCGGCCCGGUCCUGCGGAUGGCGCGGACCCCGGGGAGCCAGCUGCGACACGCCAGCUACACACCGCGCCCGGUCCCGUCCACAUCGCAGUUUGAUGUCAGCAUGUCCCUGGGAAUGACCCCGGCCAAAUCCAUGCCUCUGUCACAGUCCAUGGUCCACACCCCUGCCCAGAGGCCCCCAUCCACCAUGGAGAUGUACACACCGGGUGGGAUGACUGAGGACAUCACAUCCACAAACAUGUCACUCCUGCUGGAGGAGGACCCAGGUCUGGCAGCCUCCUCAGGUGUGUACACAGAGUUCAUGCAGCGCCUGCGUGCCCGACCAACCUCCAAGGAGGUGUUUGAGCUGCUGGACGAGUACCAGCAGGUGUGCUGCGAGCAGGUGUCGCUGCUGAAGAGGAUCGUGAAGAAGGUGACGACGGCGCAGAACAAGUUCCAGCUGACCCUGACGGUCCUGCAGCUGCUGCAGCAGGAGAAGUGCACCUGGAGACUGCUCUUCUCCAUGUACAAGGACAGAAUCCAGUCGGAGUUCUCAGAGUCGGAGGCGAUGAUGACGGACUUGGUGAACAACAACGUGAGCGAGCGGAAGAUCGUGGAGGCGCUGUUUGAACGGGAAGCGUCCACCAGACAGAGUCAGCUGGUCAUCGAUUGGCUGGAGAGGAACGCGGCGGACGAUGUGGUGGACUUUUACGAGAAAGUGGAGUUUUACUCGCAGUCAGUUUGCUGGGAGAACACCCUGCACACGCUGCAGCAGGGCAGUGGCCUGACCCACGGCAGCAGGGCGCUGGUGACAGAGAUGGACCCUGAUGCGCCCAUCAGACAGCAGCGGCCCCUGGCUGACCUGGAUAAGGAGGACGAGGUGCGCCUGCUGAAGUACAUCUUCACCUACCUGCGGGCGGGGCAGCUGGAGGAGGCCCAGAGGUUGUGCAGGAAAUGUGGUCAGUCCUGGCGAGCAGCCACUCUGGAGGGAUGGAGACUGCACCAUGAUCCCAACAUGGGCGGGGGUUCCAGUGAGUUGUCACCCAUAGAAGGGAACCCAAACCGAGAUGUGUGGAAGGCAGUUUGCUGGAGGAUGGCGCAGGACGAACACGUACACCUGUACGAGAGAGCUGUGUAUGCUGCACUCAGCGGCAACCUCAAGGAGCUGCUGCCUGCCUGUGAAUCCUGGGAAGACUGGCUGUGGGCGUACUACAAGGUGAUGGUGGACUCGCGUGUGGAGCAGGAGAUCCGAACGGUGCGCGGAGACCGCCCCAUGGAACCCCUCCCCCCCGCGUACUGGGACAGGGUACUCACACCUGAGGCCAUCUUUAAGGAGCUCCAGUCAUCUCCACAUGAAGGGGUCCAGUCAGAAGCAGAGGAGCCGUUCCACAUCAUCCAGAAAUACAUCAUUCUGGGGGACGUGGACGGGCUGAUAGAGACCAUGAGUGAGUGGAUAAAAGCUGACUCCCCUCCCCACCAGCACCUGGUGCGUUUCAUGGCCCACCUGGUCCUGUUCUUCCGCUCCAUCGGAGUCCACACCAAGGACGAGCUGUGCACCGCUAUUCUGGAGCACUACGUCAGGACCCUGAUGGAGGCAGGUGAGACCCAGCUGGUGGCGUUCUACACGGCGACCCUGCCGCUGGACCGACAGGUGCUGCUGUACGCACACUUCCUGGAGCGCGUGGAGGAACACUCGCAGAGGCAGAUGUGCCUGGAGCUGGCAGAGGAAGCAGGGCUGGACAUCCCCACCAUCACCAAGACGGUGGUGGAGAACAUCCGCACCCACGACCAAGGUGACUUCAAGGUCAGCGCGGAGGUCACCGCCGCCCUGGAGGCCGCCACGUCCGAGGAGGACAGGCGGAAGAUCAGGGCCAUCGAUUGGCUGGUGUUUGACGAAUCGCAGCGGGCGGAGGCCCUGAAGCAGAGUAACGCUGUGAUGCGGACCUUCCUGGCCAUGAAGAAACACGCGGCAGCAAAGGAAGUGUUUGAGAAGAUCCCCUCAGGGUCUGUGGACGUCAUCAACAGGCAGUGGCAGAUACAGAACGGUAGUGCACCACUUCCCGCUGAAGACGAUAACGCCAUCAGGGAGUACAUCUGCAUACAGACAUUCCUCAUGGCACACGACGCCUUCAACGACUGGUUCACUCACUUCCACCACAACAAACCACACAGACCCAAACUACAGGAGGGGGCAAACUUCACAGAGAAGGUGAAACAUGAGCACAGAGAGCAGGAGUAUGAGGUGGAGGUGAGCAGGUGGCACCACUCCCUGUCCCUGCAGACAGACGACGUCGUCAGUAAGAUCUACAAUGUGCUGCUGUUCCCUGAUGGCUGGAUGGUCGACCAGAGAAUGGAGAGUGAUGAGGACGAGGGUCGGACCCACCAGCUGGACCUGCUGCGGCAGCUGUGCCUGCCCACCAUGGCCCUCCUGCUGCACACCGUCCUGCACGAGACACGCCGCUACGCUGACUGCAUGGUGCUCGCAGACAUCAUCGCAUCAGAACAGCAUCAGCUCUACACGGUGUUCAGGAGAGAUGAGCUGCAGAGGUUUCUGCAGAAGCUGCGAGACUCCUCCAUCCAGCUGCUGGACCAGAACCUCGACCCACUAGGGUAUCAGGUGUCUUCUUAAAACAGCCGAUCAGACGCCACUGUAUAUGUUUCUCCCAACAUUUAAUAAAGCAUUCCUUUCUAAUAUCUCGAGGUAAAAGUGUCAUAGUUUGUAAGCCUUCAUUUACAAGGGUACUGAAGAGAAUUGAAAUAAAACAUUUACAUAGAAA